CCUGCGCGGCUGACCCGGAUGUUCAACUGCUUGGCAACGGCGGAAGUGGGGGAAAAAGGAGGAAGAAGAGGAGGAGGAAGGCGAAGAGGAGGAAGAGGAGGCUGCGGCCUGGCUCAGAGCUGAGAGAGGCCGGACGGAGGGACCGAGCGCCGCCGCCUCUGCCGCCCGAGAGAGCCCAGGCCCGCCUAGCCAACAUGAGUGACCAGCAGCUGGAUUGUGCCUUGGAUUUGAUGAGGCGUCUGCCUCCCCAGCAGAUUGAGAAGAACCUCAGCGAUCUGAUCGAUUUGGUACCAAGCCUCUGUGAAGAUCUUCUGUCUUCAGUUGACCAGCCUUUAAAGAUUGCUCGUGACAAGGUGGUGGGGAAGGACUACCUCCUGUGCGAUUACAACAGAGAUGGAGACUCAUACAGGUCACCCUGGAGUAACAAAUACGACCCCCCUCUGGAAGACGGUGCCAUGCCGUCCGCUCGCCUACGCAAGCUGGAGAUGGAAGCAAACAAUGCCUUUGACCAGUACAGAGACUUGUAUUUUGAAGGAGGCGUUUCCUCUGUCUACCUCUGGGAUCUGGAUCAUGGAUUUGCAGGCGUGAUCCUAAUCAAGAAAGCUGGCGACGGAUCAAAGAAGAUCAAGGGGUGCUGGGACUCCAUCCAUGUGGUGGAAGUUCAGGAGAAGUCCAGUGGCCGCACUGCCCAUUACAAGCUGACUUCCACAGUCAUGCUGUGGCUGCAGACGAACAAAACUGGCUCCGGCACGAUGAACCUCGGAGGCAGCCUUACCAGACAGAUGGAAAAAGAUGAGACUGUGAGUGACUCCUCACCCCACAUAGCCAACAUCGGCCGCUUGGUAGAGGAUAUGGAAAACAAAAUCAGAAGUACGCUGAAUGAGAUCUAUUUUGGAAAAACAAAGGACAUCGUCAAUGGGUUGAGAUCUAUUGAUGCUAUUCCUGACAACCAAAAGUAUAAGCAGCUGCAGAGAGAACUCUCUCAGGUGUUGACUCAGCGCCAGAUGUACAUUCAGCCGGAUAACUGAGCCGGCCCAGGUCUGUGCAGACUUUUGCGGACAAAUCAAAGCAAGAAGCACUGAAGAACGACCUGGUGGAAGCUUUGAAGAGGAAGCAGCAAAGCUAGAAGCUCGUCCUGGGGUGGCCAUGCUGACGGGAGACGCCAUAAUGCACUCGUUAGGUUCCCUUUCCCUAGAAAACAUUUUUUUCUCGCACCCUCUGCCCCCCCCAUAUCAUUUUUUGUCACAUCAUGUCCUGCAUCCGAUGCUCUUCCAACUGCGAGCGCCACCUCCCCCUCCCCACCAAUAAAGCUGUAUAAACUUU